GCAAUACUAAACCGACAUACAAAGUUCCCCGUGGUCUUCGCUGCUUGGACCGUCUGGCUUGCUGGGAAACUCUUGAAGCCGCGUGUUGAAAAAGAGAGAGAGGGAAAGAGUGGAGAGAUUAAGCUCCUCUCUCUAUCUCUGUGUCUGUGUGUGUGUGUGUGUGUGUGUGUGUGUGUGUGUGUGUGUGUGUGUGUGUGUGUGUGUAUGUAGGUCGGUAUUUGCAAUCUCGGAAAGGAAAAAGGAAAGAUUGAAAAUAAAAAAAAGGAAGAUUGGAUUUCUCUGUUCGUUAGUCUCCUGGUGUUUGUAAGAGAGAGAGAAAGAGGAAAAAGUGAAGAGUUAAAUAUCUCUCUAUCUCUCUGCGUCUGUCUGUGUGCCUCUGUGUCCCAGGAAAAUCAUAGAAGAAAAAAACAAGACUAAGUUCCUCUGUUCGUCUGUGUUUCGGUCUUUGUAAAUCAGGAAAAGAAAGCAAACAAGAUAAAGAAAGUCUGUAUAUGUGUCUGUGUGUCUGUCGGUAUUCGCAAAUCCAGGAAAGAUAAAGAAAAGAAAACGGUAAGAUCGAGUUCCCUGUUCGUCUGUCUCCUCGUAUUUGAAAGUUAGAAAAAGAAAGAAUGUAAGAAAAAGAUAGAGCUCAAAUUCUCCUCCCUCCCUCUCUCUCUCUUCCUCCUCGCUCUUUCUCUUUCUCUCUGUUUCUCAAUAUUCGCAAAACCGGGAAAGGAAAGAAGCGAAACAAAGCUGAGGAGAUGAAAGCCGCCCGAGACUUCGACUUCGGAAGGAGACGAAAGAUGAAGAAUCAAAUCAUAUCGGAGACGGCUUCUGUCCCGCAUAUUAAAGGCAGGACUCAAAACUAACGAAAAAAUAUGAAAACACUAGAAAAACAUAUAAACUAAACCACAAAACUAUAAGAGAAGUGAAAAAGAGACCAUGAACCAACAAAACGAAAACCAAGUCGACGGUUUACGAAGAGGAGUCGGUGAAAACGGCUUCUGUCCCGCAUAUUAAAGGCAGGACUCAAAACUAACGAAAAAAUAUGAAAACACUGGAAAAACAGAUAAACUAACCCACAAAACUAUAAAAAAGUGAAAAAGAGAACAUGAACCAACAAUACGAGAACCAAGUCGACGGUUUACGAAGAGGAGUCGGUGAAAACGGCGAAGACCAAGACGGGGACCUCGAGACAGACAGUGACUUCGUUGACGACUCCGACAUGAUGGCGAACAUCGAACCCAACUUGAGAACCCUCCCGGACAAGUACUUGGGGCAAAUCAUCCACGUACUGCAGAACCUCCCUAACGAAACCGUGGAUAUAGGAACCCCACACCUUCGGAAGUCCCUGGAAGAUGUGUACCCGCUAUUCCUAGUCCUAUACGGGGUUGUUAUGGUGGCAGGAGCCCUUGGGAACAUCGGAAUGGCUGGUCAUAUCCUCCGUCGGCGCCUCUACAGAGACUCCACCGGCGCCUAUCUGCUGAAUAUCGCGUUCUGUAAUGUCCUGAUGGUGGUGGUGCUUCUUCCGCUGUCCCUGGCAAUCCUGCUUAUCCAGAACUGGGUCUUCGGGUCCUUCCUCUGCUAUUUCGUCCCCAUGUUACAGGACGUCCCUCUCCACGUGACGAUGGGAACCCUUCUGGCGGUGGCCGCGGCGAGGUAUAGGCGAGUGAUGACCCCAGACAAGCCACCACUCCCGCCCUUCCCCACCGUCCUCGCCACCUGGGUCCUCGGCGUCUGUAUCGUGCUGCCCUACGCUUUGUACAUGCACUAUAUUGAUUUUGAGGUGUUUCUGGGCCCUCAGUUUGCAGGCGUCGGCAUCUGCACCGUGAAUUUAGAAGAUGAUGUCACCGAGUACAUUCACUGCCUCUUCAUCAUUCUACUCGUUAAGAACAUGAUCGACGAAACGGAGCAGAACGCGGCCCACUUCGACCUCGCCUUCGUCACUGCGGUGUGGGUCGCCUUCCUGCCCACCAUCACCACGCCCGCCCUCUACACCGCCUGGAGGAUGGGCAGGUGA